CGUCUGCCGAAUGGGACUUUAGGUUUUUAUCCUUCUCCCAAUUUUCCUUCGUUCUUCCUUCGGGCUUCGAUCCAUCAUCCAUAGCCUUCCGUCGAAAAUCGACCAUCGUCCAUAAGUCCGUCGCCGUCCCAGUUUCCAGCCGCUACGGUGUCUAGUCGCUGCCUAUCCACUAAUGGUUUUGGGUAUCAGGUUUUGUAGAAGUGGAUAGAUGGCAAAAUGGAUAGUAGCAGAUACUGCUAUCCACAACUUCCCGACAAUGUAGCAAACCAGUCCACUGGAACGGUUUCAAGCUCGCAUAUACUCUGUAAUGCUGGUUCAGGGAUGCAAUAUUGUGAUAACCAACACGAUUGGCAAGUCUUUCCUGCAAAUAAAUCGAGAGGCAAAAGCUAUAUGUGCAAAGGAAUUCACGGCAGAGGCAAACACCUAGUUAACUCUGUGCCUGGCAUAGAUGGCCAGUUGAUAGCAAAUGCUGAUAUGAGGAAUCAAGUCCAUCAAGGCUUUAACUAUCUACAUCGAAGUGGUGAAGAUUUUAACUUUCAUCCUGAUACCACCUUUACUCCUGACUGCAAAACAACACCCAUGGGCUUGUGCAUGGGAGACACAUUCAAAGAGAAUAUAGAUUAUUUUAACCUUGACUGCUUGAGAGCUGCUGAUCUGAGUUCUGGCUUGCAUCAACCAUGCAUGAUCGACAAAGUGUAUGACAUAGAAGGGUCUUCAUUGAAUGGCCGGAAGAGUGGCUUUACGUCUACCCAUUGCAAUGGGAAUACAAUGUUUCCACAUGUUUCUGUAAAUCACAUGUCCAAUGAGAUCAUUCCUUCUCCAGAACCAAUCUCAUCUGUGACAGUAUGUUCUGAUGGAGAUUGGAAUAUUGACGGUGGGCAUACCUUCUCUGAGAACAGUCUACCAUAUGCUAUUGAAUCAGCGCAGGAAGGUUGCAGCAAGCCUCAGGAUAAUACACACAACAUCUGUAGUGUGGAUGUUCCACCUCUGAUUAGGCACAAUUUGGGAUCAUCAGAUUCUCAUGUCAGUAUUCCAACCCCGGAAGAGGAUUUGAAGCAUUUUUAUUCGCCAUUGUUUAUGUCUGAUAUGGCUGCUGUUAACCCCAGAUUGAAUAAUGAAUAUUUUGUCAAUCCACAACUUCAAAUGGGUGGCUCCAAACAUUCUGACCAGUAUUCUCAUUUUGAGCUAUUCAAUGGGGCAUCUGAUUUGAUGUGUCAAGGGUUCAUGGCAAAUGAAAAAGUAUGUCACAAUAAUGUAUCUGGCCAAAAGUCAUUGACUGCAAUCAGCCUAGAGAAGCCAGACACAGUUCCCCAUCAAGUCAUGGAUUUAGGCCAUAUUUCUUCACAACAAUUUCUAGAGUUGUAUAUCAAGUAUAACACUCUGACAAUAAAAUUUGGGAGAGAGCAAGCACCUUUUCUGACCUCUUGGCAUUCACUAGUUUGCAGUGGUGCAAUAUGCAACUGUGAGCAGUAUCAGUUGCUCAUAUCACAUUUUGAAAGCUGUUGCGACUGUAGUUGUAUUGUUUGCAAGCCUGUCCGGGACACUGGAGUUCUGAAUCAUUCUGGCCGAAUCAACGCAGGAUCUGGGAAAUCAAAGACUGGUCUUGUACGAGCUCGAGAUUUUAGUGGCAUGAGUUCUUGUUGGGAAAGUACAUCUUUCAAACGAACGAAAGUGGAAAACUCAGGUUUCCCUCGGAAUAUGGAUACAGAUGCACAGUCAGUAAAUCAAUGUCGUGAAACUCUCUCACAUUUGACCUCUUGGAAAUCAUCUGGAAUUCCUCUUCCCAUUAAGGGCGGCCCAACAGAGCUUAAUAAGAGUUUUACGAAUUCCAGAGAUCCCAGCUCUAUUGAUGCAGUUGGCCAUCAUGGCCAGAUAUCACUGUCUAGCAGUUCUUCUUUCUUGUCUGAUGAGGUUUACAAUGAAAAAGAGUUUCACAGUAAGGAAUAUUCAACAGAUAUGAAUAAGGAACUUAUAAACAUCAUAGAUCCAGGUGGAACUAGUGCAACUGGAACCCAUAUUACAGAUGGUGCUCUGAAAUCACAAUUUGACCACACCUCUUUGGUAUCUCAACCCAUCAAUUUCGAUUCUGAUAUUAAUAGUAGAGUUUUGAAUGACAAUACUCACUAUUCUCCGGGACUGAGCUCAGAUAGAAUUCACGAUCUUCAGGAUGAAUCUGCUAAUGGUCAUGAAAAUGAGUCUGAAAGGGCUAGAUCAGAAGUCAAACAUGAUUUGACUGAAUCUGUAGCCACACAGUUGUUCCAAACAAAGUCAAACAAUCCAAAGAGGCUGGGCAUAUCUGAAGAGGUUCACAAUCAAGAAAGUUUUCACAAUAAGGAAGAUUCAACAGAUAUGAAUAAGAAACUUAUAAACAUCACAGGAGUUCCAGGUGAAACCAGUGCAUCUGGAAACCAUGAUAUAGAUGAUGCUUUGAAGUCACACUUUGGCCACACCUCUUUGGCAUCUCAAGUCAUCGGUUUCAAUCAUGAUAAAGCUAGUGGAGCUUUGAAUGACAAUACUUAUUCUCCAGGAGUGAGUUCAGAUAGAAUGCAUGUUCAUCAUGAUGAAUCUGUGAAUGGUCAAGAAGAUGAGUCUAAAAGGGCUAGAUCAGAAGUUAAGCGUGAUAUAACUGAAUCUGCAGUUAGAAAUCUGUUCAGAAUGAAGUCAAACAAUCUAGAGAGGCUGGGUGUGUCUUUUGUUGACUUUUUCACAGCUGAUCAAAUUAAAAAACACAUUGGUAGUCUCAGACUACAUUUUGGACAGGGAUCAGAAGGUGAUGCUGGUACUCGCUGUAGUAAUGAGAAUACUUGCCAGUUAUGUGGCACUGAAAAGCUUGUAUUCACUCCAGUUCCCAUGUAUUGCUCAUGUUGUGGUGUUUGUAUCAAGCGCAAUUUGGUAUUCUAUUGCUGGUUGCUGGAGGAAACAAAAAGCCGAUAUAGUUUUUGCACUCCAUGCUUUAAGGCAUCUCGUGGUGGCAAUAUCUCAUUCCUUGGCUUAUCUAUCCCCAAGUCAAAUCUUAAGAAAGAAAAGAAUAAUGAUGAAAAUGGGGAACCAUGGGUGCAGUGCGACAAGUGUGAAUGCUGGCAGCAUCAGAUAUGUGCUCUCUUCAAUGCUAAAAAGGAUUUGGAAGGUAAAGCAAAGUAUAUAUGUCCGUAUUGCCGAUUAAAAGAGUUGGAAUGUGGUGUGCGUACACCUUCCUCUCCUAUUGGAGCAUGGGAUCUACCCAGGACCAAAUUGAGUGACCAUAUUGAGGGCAGGCUGUCCAGACUCCUUGAACAAGACAAAGAAGAGAGGGCAAAGCUUUUAGGAAAGAGCCUAGAUGAGGUGCCAGCUGUGGCAGGUCUUGCUGUCAGGGUAGUAUUGUCUGUCAAUAAGCAACUGAGAGUCAAGCAGCAAUUUUUGGAUAUCUUUCACACACGAGAUUAUCCUUUAGAGUUUCAAUACAGAUCAAAGGUGAUCCUCUUGUUUCAGAACAGUGAAGGAGUAGAUGUAUGUCUCUUUGCGAUGUACGUCCAAGAGUACGGAUCAGAAUGUGGUGAGCCAAACAGACGCUGUGUCUACAUUUCAUAUCUUGACUCAGUCAAAUACUUCAGACCUGAGAUACAAACUGCAACAGGGGAAGCUCUUCGCACCUUUGUAUAUCAUGAAAUUCUGAUUGGGUACCUUGAAUACUGCAAGAAACGGGGUUUCACGACCUGCUAUAUAUGGGCUUGCCCACCUGUGAAAGGUGAAGAUUACAUAUUGUAUUGCCACCCAGAAUCUCAGAAAACACCGAAGCCAGACAAGCUUCGCCAAUGGUACAGGUCAAUGCUGAGGAAAGCAUCAAAAGAAGAUAUAGUGAUCAAUUUCACUAAUUUCUAUGAUCACUUUUUCGUUCCAAAUGUGGACUCGAACUUCAAGAUUUCUGCUGCUCGUUUACCUUACUUUGAUGGAGACUAUUGGUCAAGUGCUGCAGAGGAUACAAUGAGGAACUUAUAUAAAGAUGGUAAAGGAGGAUCUUCAAGUAAAGUUAAGAAAACUAUUACAAAGAGGGCUUUUAAAGUGAUGGGAUAUAGCGAUCUUUCUGCCGAAGCAGCUAAAGAUGUAACCGUAAUGCAGAAGCUGGGGCAGACAAUUCUUCCUGUAAAGGAAGACUUUAUCAUUGUAAACUUGCAAUUCAAGUGUGCCAAAUGUCAGGAAGUAAUCUCAGGAAUUAGAUGGUGCUGUAACCAAUGCAAAAAAUUUGAAAUAUGUGAAAGAUGCGCGGACAUGAAAGAAGGUAUCGAUCUGCAAAAGCAACACACUUCUUCUACUGGAGAGAAGCAUUUUCUUACACAGAUGUCUGGGGAUGUCAUACGUGCUGACACUGAAGAUAAUGAUGCCAUUAUAGAUAACGAUUUUUUCGAGCAUAGACACUCUUUCUUGUGCUUCUGUCAACAAAACAAUUAUCAGUUUGAAUCCCUCAGGCGUGCAAAGUAUUCUUCAAUGAUGAUUUUGUACCAUCUCUUCAAAAGCAUUCAUUAUUUAUCUGGUGGUGGUUGUGAUUCCCAAGUUCAACAAGCUGGAUCACCGGUCCAAUUACUGGAUUUAUUAGUGCACGCAUCCCAAUGCCGUGCUAGCAAGAGCAACCCAUGUCCACUCCCAGACUGCAAUAAAAUCAGAAUGCUUUUCCAUCAUGCACAUAAAUGCACCGUUCGCGUAUCCGGAGGCUGUGAAUUCUGUAGCAAAAUCUGGUCACUUCUACGGAUGCACUCACGCAAGUGCGAAGAUUCUCACUGUUUGGUUCCGCGAUGCAUGGAUCUCAAGAGGCAUGCAGAAAAGAAAGCUUUGCAGUCUAACAUUCGUCAAAGGCAAACGGUGGAGGGGAACGAUUCGGGUUGCUAAAGAGUUGAUAUGAUUCAUCCAAAGUGUACAUACAUAUAUUCAAGGAGUAGGAACAUCUUCAACACAAUGUACAGUGGAACAGAACAGUCUCUCUUCCUCAGCAACUGGUUGCCAAAGAGUUUUGCCUAUUGGUUAGUUAGGAAGUUUAGGAUAACCGACAUAAUUUAGCUGCGGGUAGAAUGGUCAUUUAUGCUCCGUAGUUUUGAUUUUCAAGUUUUACUAUAAAUUAGCUGUCCAAUGACACUCAACAACAUGUUGAUUCUUGUGACUCAGCAGGUAGUAGACAUUUCACUUGUGUAAAUAACAAACAACAGUAUAA